UGGCCGGCCCCCGGGGCUGCCCCAGCCCCCGCUCGGCCCCCGCCUCCGUCACGCUGCUGGCUGCUCCGUGUCAUUUCCUCCUCCUGCCGCGGGAGCCCGAGCUGGCCGGGGGAUGUGGCGCGGGGGGCCGCGGCGCUAGUGGCCAUGGAGCCGCCGGAGGAGCGCACCGAGAGCCGGUUGGUCUCCUUCCAGUACGUGCACGUGCAGCUGCAGGGGGGCGCGCCCUGGGGCUUCACCCUCAAGGGGGGGCUGGAGCACGGGGAGCCCCUCAUCGUCUCCAAGGUUGAAGAUGGGGGUAAGGCGGCCCUGUCCCGCAAGAUGCGGCCCGGGGACGAGCUGGUGAACAUCAACGGCACCCCGCUGUACGGCUCCCGGCAGGAGGCGCUCGUCCUCAUCAAGGGCUCCUAUCGCACGCUGAAGAUGAUUGUGAGGAGGAGGAACGUGCCCGUCAUCAGGCCCCACUCCUGGCACCUGGCCAAACUCUCCGAGGUCCGGACCGAGGCUGCCACCAUGCACUGUCCCUCCGACGCCUUCAGCUUGUCUUGGCACUCAGGAUGUGACUCCAGUGACCUGUCCCUGCAGUGGGCCCAGCUGUCUCGCCAUUGCAGCACAGAGAAGAGCAGCUCCAUUGGAAGCAUGGAGAGCCUGGACCCGCCCAGCCAGACCUACUACGAGGGCAGCCUCUCGCCCGUGGACCAGAGCAUGUACCAGAACAAACGUGACUCUGCCUACAGCUCCUUCUCAGCCAGCUCCAACGCCUCGGACUAUGCCCUGUCCCUGCGCCCCGAGGAGACCUCCUCCACAGACUCCAUCCUCCAGGGCCUGGGCCCCAGCCGAGCCCAGGAGGGGCGCUACCUGCAGACAGGCAGUGAGGGGGCAGAUGUCUCCUGCCAGCUGUGUGGGCACCUGGCACCCAACGCCAGGCCCUCCUCAUGCCCCCACGAGAGCAACCUGUCAGGCUCCUCCAAAUCAGGCGCCCCUCCCCAGCCCCCCGUCAGGAGGGACAGCCUCCGGGCCUCCAACCCCCAGCCGGCUGGCACCGAGCGACGCCGGGCCUCCGCGCCCGCCGAUGUCCUGCACCUCCCGGGCAGGUGGACCUCGGACACCUCGCUGUGCCUGCGAGACAAGGAGCCCGAGGGGGUUGGAGGCCAUCCGAAGGAGCGCCUGUCUGCCGACCAGUACUACAUGCUGAGCUCCCACCUGGACAUGGAGCAGCUGUUAGGGGAGAGCACAGAGCAUCCCCACGGAGCUGCCCGUGGGCAGUGCCAGGACAACGGUGCCCACGAAGGAGAGCCAGGCACCAACGGUGACCCUCCCCCAUCUCCUCGGAAGGGGCACCGGCACAGUGCCCCUGAGCAGCUGCUGGCAUCCCAGCUGCACUCCCUGACUGUAGCCACAGGCAGCAGCUGCUGGGAUACCCAGGUGCAGGACAGGCACCAAUGGACUGUGAACCCGCUGCACUUGGAGCAGCCGUGCCCUGGCCGACAGACAGAGGAUGCGAAAGAGCAGCUGUGCGGGGAUCCGGCCAUGGGCACGGACCGGGCUGACGACCACACGACACAAGCCCAGCACUCCCCCAGCUGGGCCCAGGACUCCUGCCACAGCCAGGGGCCGUACAGGUGUUACCCAGAGCUGGAGAGAUCCUGCAGCACCCCCGGUGAGUCAGCCACACCUCCGCAGCCUGCUGGCCUGAUCCCCACAUGCAGCUCCGAGGCACUGGUAGAGGAGGGGAAGGAGUCCGGGGAGAGCAGGCCAUGUGCCAGGAAAUUGGGCCCUUCUCAUCAGCGAUCGGCCCAGCUUCGGCGCCGGAGCGAGCGCUUCGCCACCAACCUGCGCAACGAGAUCCAGAGGAGGAAGGCCCAGCUGCAGAAGAGCAAGGGCUCUGUGGCUCUGCUGUGCGGGGAGGAGCCAGUGGAGGAGACUGACGAGCCGUGUGAGAGCCCCCCUAAUUCCUCAGCCCUGCCACAGGGCAGGCUGCCUAGCUCAGGCAUGGCACGAGCCAGAGCCAGGUGCCUGAGCCCCACGUCGGGUGUGGCGCCUGCUGGGGAACUUGGCAGGAGCCCCGGCCACCCAGCUGACAGGAGUGCCCCCACCCCCCAGUCUGCACGGAAAGGCCCCAGCCCCCCCGCCCCCGACAGGGAGAAGCACAGGGCUCCGGCAGCUGGGGGCCGGUGGCGGUGGUCUCCAGAGCACAAGCUUCAGCGGGCCCUGAGCCCUGGGGAGGCGUACGCCAAGGGGCCGGAGGCGCCUGCCUCCCCGCUGCGCCUGGCGGAGGAUGCUGUCCUGCUGCCCUUUGCUGACCGGAGGAAGUUCUUUGAGGAGACUAGCAGGUGCGUGGGGCGCCUCCCGGCCCGGCACAGCAAGCCCCCCAGCUUCCGGCCGAAGGCAGCCGAGCCGCACGCCUUUCAGCCACUGAGUGCUGAGUGCCGGGAGCUGCGGCGCCGUUCCGUGGACCAAUCGUACCCACCCCUGUCGCCUGGGCGGCAGAAUCUCCCCGCCUACGCUGAGUGCUGCCUGGAGCCGCCUGUGUGCUAUGCCGGCCUCCCGCGGCAUGCCGAGUUCGAGUACCUGCGGCCCUUUGCCCGGGCCUGUGCCGGGACGGCCCCACUGCGUUGCGAGCCCUGCCUCUACUGCUCCGGUGACAUGUGCCCCACACUGCUGCAGAGGAACAUGCAGCCCAGCCACCAUGGCUACCGCUGCCACCCCCACCCCUGGGUGCCACGGUGCUCUGACUGCUGCUGCUCUGUUCCCCACAAGGCUCUGGAGGAGAGCGAGCCCUGGCCUGGGAGGAAGGCGUUCUUGCCGGAAUUUCCUCUGGAGGAGUGGGAGCCUGGGGUGAUAAACAGGAAGGGCAGCCAGUCAGUGAGCGAGCUGGCGCACUACGAGAUCGGCUUCCAGAGGGAGGGUCCCUUCCGGCCCUGCUUGGAGAGCUCCAAGCAGACGUGGCCCCCGUGCUACCGGGCCGCAUCCUCUCUCGACCUCUCUUGGGAUUGCGAGCGGCGCGCACCAGAGAGCCCAAGCGAGCUGCUCCACCGCCCGCUCCGGGGCAGGGCCUUCUCCGAGAGCCACCUCAACAUGGAGCCGCCCAGUGCCCAGGGCCAGGAGAGGAGAGACGCCCCGUUGGCCAAGCUAGACGAGACCUGCCUGAUGACUCCGUGUCCAGCCAGAAAGAAAGGGCCGCCCCCUCCACGGCCCCCACCCCCAAACUGGGAGAAGUACAGAACUCGCCGGGCUUCCCACCAGCACCUGUACCCACUGGAGCCCGCUGAGCCCGGCUCAGCCUUGCUGGCGGUGCCCCUGGAACAGCCUCACCACCAGGGUGGUGGCAGCAUGGAGACAGCAAGACAGCGUUCCCAGAGCCUUCCUCUGGACAAGCUCCCUGGGGACUCGGCCAAGCCCAUGGCCGUCUCACAGCCUCGAAUGCCUGGCACCCUUCCACAGGAAUCCCCGGACACCGGACACCUGCCAGAGCAGGGGAGCAGCCACUAUUACUGCCAUGUCUCGCCUCGGGAGCCACUGGCACUGGACACAGGCACCAGGGACGCUCCCAGGCCAGACGGGCCCUCAGAGGAGGUGGUGAAGGAGACGCCGCGGUGGGAUAUGGGCAGGUCUGUAAAGGACGAGCAAUACCAAGUGAUCAGCUGGGGCCAGGAGCGCCCGCGGCCUAGCCCCCCCUGCCUGGCCCCCGAGGAGGUGGAGUCGGCCCAGGAGAGCGCAGAGGUGGAGAGCUGCCGGCUGGGCAGGCAGCCGCCCUGCCGCAUGACCUCAGAGGAGCUGAUGCGAGACGUGGCGGGCAGGGAUCGCUCCCUGGCAGGUGUGCUGAGCCCAGCCUCUGGCAUGGUGACAGCUGCGGAGGUCAUGGGAGAACUCUUCUCGGCAGGGGACCGCCGCUCGUGGAAGGACCAUUACCAGCAGGACUGGCGGCUGGAGAAGCAGAGUGAGGCUGAGGCUCAGGAAAGGGAGGAGUUCCAGCCCAUCUCCCCUCCCCUGGGGGGCACCGUCAGCCCCACCUCCUACUCAGCCUAUUACAACACCUCGGCGGGCAAGGCUGAGCUGCUCAACAAGAUGAAGGAGUUGCCGGAGGUAGCGGAGGGGACCUCAGAGGAGGAGGUGGAUCACGAGCUAGCGCAGAAGAAGGCACAGCUCAUCGAGAGCAUCAGCAGGAAGCUGGCGGUGCUGCAGGAGGCGCAGCGGGGCCUCCAGGAGGACAUCAAUGCCAACACAGCGCUGGGGGAGGAGGUGGAGUGCCAGGUGAAGGGCGUCUGCAAACCCAAUGAGUUUGACAAGUUCCGCCUCUUCAUCGGAGACCUGGACAAGGUGGUGAAUCUGCUGCUGUCGCUCUCGGGGCGCCUGGCCCGGGUGGAGAAUGCCCUCAACAGCCUGGACCAUGAGGCCACCGAGGAUGAGAAGCUGGCACUGCUGGAGAAGAAGCGGCAGCUGACGGAGCAGUUGGAGGAUGCCAAGGAGCUGAAGGAGCAUGUGGACCGGCGAGAGAGGGCCGUGUUCGGCACCAUCUCGCGCUCCCUGCCGGCCGAGCAGCUCCAGGACUACCAGCACUUUGUCAAGAUGAAGUCAGCCCUCAUCAUCGAGCAGCGGGAGCUGGAGGAGAAGAUCAAGCUGGGGGAGGAGCAGCUCAGGUGUCUCAGGGAGAGUCUCCUGCUUGGGCCCAGAGAUUAUUAGUGCCAGCGCUGCACUCCUGGUGGCCAUGUGGCCACGGUCUCUUCCACAGUCAUGUGGUCUAGAGCUGACAGCCACGGCCUUCUCAUGGGCUGCUGCUGGAGGACCCUGGAGCAGAGAGGGGUGUGUGGGAGUAUCCCGCCACCUCCCACAGCCUCCCAGCUGGUGACCCAGGUGAAUGGUGCCAGCACGCGUCGUUCUCCCUCCCUCCCGACCAGUGCACCAAUUCAGUGGGAACCUAUGUGCCAGCCAGCCAGCAAGAUCCAGCAGGGCGCUGGCACAAAUAGGGCGUUCAGCACUUCCCAGGGUGCCACGGCCUGAAGCCCCAAAGAGGGGGAGGGUGCACUAGUCAUCUCCUCCAGCACCGACCUGCCACAGGCCGGGUCACCAAAGCCAAGCAAACAGCGCUCCGGGUGGGAGGGGCUCUGCUGGAGAGCGGGCCGGGAUUUCUGGAGCUGUGAACUGGAAGCCGAAGAAAACUGGACUCUUCAACACGCCAAAGGGGAUGUUGCUUUCGCUUCCCCAGCCCUUGCCAAGGUUUGCAGCAGGAUCUACAUCUCACCGGGAGAGCCCUGCAACUGGCCCCUGCUGCUGCCUGCCCAAAGAUCCCCUCACGUGGUGCCUGUGGGGGUACCAGCAGGGUGGGGUAGAGGGCAUUGCUGCCCCACUGCCAUGACCCCAGUUGGCACGACCAAAGAGGGUCUCAUACCAGUGUGUGUGUGUGUGUGUGAGAGAGAGAGAGAUCCCUGCGAAUGUUAUUUAUUUUUGUAUUUUAAAUUGCUUUUUUCCUAUGGAGGGGCCUUGUGGGAAGGGGGAGAGGCAUGUGGGAAUGGGGAGGGGCACAUGGGGAGGGGGAGGAGCCAGGGACCUUAGCUCUGGAGAGAGCCUGUCCCCAACGCUACCUUCCUGCCCAGUCCUGGCUUUGGGCCCAUGCGCUAGGACUGCGCAUUCCACCCAAAGCAGGGCCUGGAACCAGCAGCCCCCAAGGGCCAGGGAAUGGUAUGAGCCUCUGGCUGGCUGCCAAGCUGCCUGGCUCUUCCUCAGCCCUCGCUGUUUUGGGUAUGAGGGGGUCAGGGGGGCUCUGAACAUCCCUCACUUCCCACCAGGUUCAGGAUGUUCUUAACCAAAACCUCCCCCUCCUGCAGCCAAGGCCAACUCCUUCAUCAGCUCCACACCAGGAGUGGGCACUACCCCCCCAGUGCGGGCCCCUCGCUUGGGGUUUAGCUUGGGAGGCACUGCUCCCCCAGCGCAGGCCCCUCGCCUGGGGUACAGCUGAGAGUCACUGUCCCCCUGGGCGGGCCCCUUGCCUACCAUUUGUUCUGAGUCCAUUCCAGGAGGGUCCAAGAACCUAGGCCAGGAUCACCUGGUAUCAGACUCACACUCAGAUUCUGCUGCAGUUGCGGCUCAUUCCCAGCUGUUGCCAUGUGGGGCGGUGUGUGGGGCAGUGGCUGGGGCCUUGGAAUGGAAGCCCAGGACUCCUGGGUUCUCUUCCCGUCUCACCUACUGUGCCUCCCUCCCGUCUGCUGUACAAUGGGAUGAUGCCACCUGGGCAUCUUGGCAAGGAGCUGGGAGCUCUGUGUAGAAACCCCCAUAUCCGAGACUGUCCUGUCUCUGAUAAGCUCAGACACCUAGUGCCAAGUGGCCACCUGCCCUGGCUUUCAGUCCCAGCGUCCACCUCUCCCUGGGGCAUGUGGGGUCCGGAUACCCGUCCGUUUGUCCAUGGGGCAGCUUUAGGCACCUUUGGCCAGCAGCUCUGGUGGCUUUGGUGUGUGAUGGGAGGGUCCAGGCCCUGCUGUCACACAUGCUUACACUAGGACACUGACUCUCCUUCGCCGCCCUCAGCACCUGUCCCAUUUGCACCUGCCCUGCUCCUGUUUCCAUGGCGGAAGCCUCCCGGUGCCCUUGCACAGCGCAAGUUGGUGCAGGUGUGGCAGUGCACCUGCCCAUCCCAUCCCCUUGCUUUACCCCCCCAGCUCUGGACCCUAUGCCACCACCAUGCCUAUCCAGGAGGCAUCUGCUCCCCAUGUCCUAUUGCAGAAGUGGAGUGGAGUUCCAUGCCCUAGUGGAAUGGGUUCUGGAGUGCGCCCCCCUCUUGGGUGUGGGAUUGCUGAUGCAAUGGGCUGCUGCAGGCGUCCCAGUUGGGUACCCCCUUGUCUUGCUGGUUGCCAGUCUCUGUAGGAGCUGCUCUGGCUCUCCAGGGUACCUUAUAAACACAUUAUACCACAUGAGCAAGCAGCUCAGGGAUGAGAGACAGCAGGAGAAAGCACUAACCCAGGAACCAAACCCUCUUUCUGCCCUCUCUCUGUCUGGGCAUUUAGCGUGGCCCAAGCAGCCAGAUCCCAGUCUGUCCCAGGUGCAAACCCCAUGCCAUUGUUCUGGGAUUUACCUCCCUGAGAGCUGCACCUGGACUGUAGCUAUAGAGACAUGGUAGCAUCCUAUCGUUCUGUAGAAAGAGGUUCAGGCUGGGAUUUCCUGGCAUUAAGGACUUGAGCUGGUCUGUUCCUCCUGGGCCUCCCCACUCCAGCACUUCCGGCUGUAAAGGGUUAAUCAUUUCUUCCCCUAAUACACAUGGCUUCUAAGUAACCAAAGGAAUUUGCUGGGGAUCUGCCACAAAUUCUCAGCCCCCGACAUCCUCUUCCUCUCCAUUGUGUUUGGAACAAUAGUCUAAACCCACUAGGCGCUUAACUCUCUCAGUGCUGUGCUGGGCAUGGCCCACGCCUGGGCUCAGAGCCCCUGCCCUGCUAUCUGUGAUCUCAGUAACACCAGCCUGCCUAGUCUAUUACUACAGAGAGGAGGCUGGUGCUACCUCCCAGCUGGCUCCUGACAGGACGGGCAGAGCCCCUGGGAACUCUCUCUUUCUGGCAGGUCAGAGGGACUGUCCCUCCCCUGGGAGCUGAGUAGGAACCUGACCAGUGGGCUGCCUCUCCCACUAGCAGCCCCUGGGGAGAUCCCUACUGUAGCUCUGCAGCUGGGUGUGGGGGGCACAUUCCCAGAACACCAGGGAUGCCAGCCCUGCUGCAAAUGCUAGUGUGGGGGUGGAGUUGGAUGGAGCAUAGGAGGAGCUCUCUGGAGACAGGAACGUGACAGCACUUGUUACCAUGGGCAGGAGCUGUGCCAGGCAGAGCCCAUGCAGGGGGCACAGCUCUCCAUUCACCAAGGGUCAGAGAAAAGUGCAAGGGUCUGGCCACAGUUCUGGGCUGCUGCUGGUCUGAGGUCAUGGAGCUAAACUGGGAGACAGCCUGGCCCUGCCCUUACUCUGAUCCUAGAGUGUUUCCAGUACCCUACCUCCCUGCCCGAUGCAUUUCCAGCCUCUCCCUGGCAUUGUGCCAUCCAGAGAGGUUGGGAUAGGCUGAUGCAGGUUGUAUGCCCAAUAGGACUGUACAGAUCAGGGCUCUGUACUACUGGAGAGGUACUGAGCCCUCAUUGCAUUAGGGGUUGCGGGUGCUCUGUGCCCAAUGGGGAUCAGGCCCCAUGUCAGAGCAGGGCCGGCCUUCUAGUGCAUUUCCCUUCCCACUCAGCUGCAGGGCAUGCAGUGGGCAGCUAGCUGUAGCCAGACACCCUGUCAUGUGCCAUUCCCCAUGUGAUCAUGCACCCAGUGAGAUACCUCAGCCAGGAGUGGGCCAGGGACAGGCAUAAAAACAGACAUAAAUUGAAAAUAACCUAACCCUUUGGUGAUAUAAAAAUAGCACUUAAAAAGGGAUGGGUCAUUUGCUUAUGACUCAUCUGGGUCAUGCUCUUUUUAAGGGGAAGUUUUUGAGCUAGUGAUUGUGGGAAUAGCUAAGACACUAAACUCUUCUAGUGCUCCUUAACGCUAACUGAAACUAUGCUAAACUUUUGAUGAGUGUUUCUCCACCCAGGAAGAGAUUGUAGCAAGGACUGGAUGUUUUCAGUGUGCUCAUGGCAGUAAGAGCCAACCCUGCAGAAGUCUCUCUCGCAUCCAGUACUAAAACCUUGAAAAGAAAUUCAACAUAAGCUUUUUGCUGAAUUUGCACGUGAUCUUUUCCAAUCAAGCCUUGGAACCUGAAUAAAACUGGCUGUAGCCAAAGAGGAAAUAGCUGCUUUAGAAAAAUAAACAACUGAUUUCCAAAUAAUUCAGGUUGAGUAAUUACAAUGUUAUGUGAAAAUGCAGCAAAGGGAGCUCAGCAUUUCAGUGCAGGGUAUCCUGUUCCCUCCAGGAGCUGAUUAGAGCCAUGGGAUGAGAAAAGACUCCUGAAAUAAUACAGGAAUAUUGAACUGGAAAUCCUCAUUGUUUCCAUGCUGGGCCCUGGAUUUCUGACGUGAAUCAAAUUCCUGGAAUCCUUUCUGAGCAAUUAGCAGAUGCGGUGUUACAGCCCCUUUUAAUGAGUCUCCUCCCCCAGAGUGUUUAGAAAUGGAACGGGGACGUGGCACCACUUAACAAUUAUCUCCAACACCCCUUACGUGCAAUGACGAAGCCUCCUUAACACUACACAGAUUUAAAAGUUCUGCUGUGCUUUUCACCCUCUAGGCUGUUGGAUCCAUCGCACUUCACUCAUCUAAGACAGUGGAACUAGCCUGGUCAAGAUCACACACUGUCCGUUUCACUUCCUGAUUUUCAUGCACUUACCCAAGGCUGCCGUGAUUUGAGUUUCUAACACUACAGGGAAGGUUAAAUCACCCAAAGCCUUUGGAGCCUGAAAAUGAAUCAUUUAUAUGCCCAGAGCCCAAGAUGCACCCACAUGUACAAGCUAGCAAAUGUGAUUGUUUAUUGCAUGAUGUCAAACCACAUAGGCCCCAGCCAGGCCUUCUGGUUAAAUCUUCGUCAUGCUAAUAGUUUCACCUCAUCCCCCUGCAGCCUGUCCUUUCCCCGUGUGGCGUAUAUGAGACGGGCUCUUGUCCUAGGUCUCCUGCCUUGCCCUGAAGGCCCAGGAAAAGUCAGGCCAUGGGGUGCUAUGCCCCACAACACAAUUCCCAUGCCAUAGACUUGAGCCGCUGGAGGUGUAGCUCAAAGUGCCAUGCCGCUGGCCUGUGGCUUUCCUAUGGGUGUUGGGAAGAGUUGCGGUCAGUUAUCAGCCAACAGGCAUACAGGUUCCUUUGCUGACAGCCUGGGGCAGCUGUGUUCAGUGGGUGUAGUGGCUGGGCUGCUGGUUGGUUUCUGAUCCUGGCCAGUGGCUUGACAGCCCCAGGCUCCAGUCCCUGCAGUACACAUGCAGGCCCCGGGGCUUGGAAAGGGCUCUCCACUGGCUUUCAAAUGGCACUUUUGCUACUUCCUGCUGCACCCCAGGCCCUGGCCACAGCCCCAUGGCUAGCUCCCCCCCUCCCUCCAUGUGCAGUUGUGUUCAGCACAGGAGCCUGUCAGGGAAAGGCCUUCAGAUACCCCUAACUAAAAGCCCUGGUGGGCAGGGAGCCUUAUUUCAAUUGCCCACUAGAAAGCAACACGCAGGGGCUCACCCCCAUGGCUAUUGUUCUGUGCUGCGAUGCGGGAGCCCCUGGCCAGCAGCGUAGGGUGACCAGAUGUCCUGAUUGUAUAAGGACAGUCCCGAUAUUUGGGGCUUUUUUUUAUAUGGGCUCCUAUUACCCCCCACCCCUGUCUCAAUUUUUCACACUUGCUAUCUGGUCACCUACAGCAGGGACUAAGAGUGCUGUCCAAGUGGGGAGGGAAAGUGGAUCUGCAGAGCCCCUGCUGGCCAAUGCGGGGAAGGUGCUCAGGAAGGCCUCCCUGUGGCAGUGAGACAGGAGGGAAGGAACCUUCUCAGUGUUUGGAAUCCCAAAUGUGGGUGUUGAGCAGCCCGGAGCCCCCGCUGGUCAUGAGCUGCCGGGUCUCCCUGGGUGUAACCCUGACUGCCAGGUGCUAGCAUCAGCUAUGCUGUUAUAGUCCUGAAGCCUCUUGCCUGACGUGCAAGGCCCAGCCCAGGGAUGUGCCAAUUGUGUAUGAUGGGGUUUGUGCUAAUGUUGUAUAUUUUGUGUACCAUUGUGCUUCGUACACACUAAAGGCGCAGUGGGCUCUGUACAGCGUCCCAGAGUGGUGUUUUUUACAAUGUUGUGUGUAUUUUCUAAGCUGUUGAUUACUGAACUUGUUAGUGUCCCCUAGCUCUCUGGCCGUGGGUAUGUAUCCCCGCCUGGGGAGCACAGGGAGGCGAGGGACACGCUGCAUUAAACAGUGCUAAGGACAAUGAGCCAA